GAUCUAUUCCAACACCUGUAGGCUGCAACUUUUCCUCUUUCUCCUCCCAAAGUGGAAACUCGAAUUUUCGCCGGAGAUUCGCCGCAAAAUGACGACAUCAAACCUAAUAGCAAUAAGAGAUGGCGAAAUUAAUGGCGGAUUUUACUCUCCAGCGAAGGAAAAAGCCGCCAUUAGAGGUUCCUUUCAGCAUCGCUUCGUUAUUUUCCGUCGCCUUCGUUAUAUUGCCAAACUCAAACUUCUCCUCCUCGUUUUCUGUGCAUUAUGCGGCGUCGGUUUAUUAAUCUCCAGAAUUCCUUCUUCUUUAGGCUGGAAUCUUCGCUAUCCUUCAUCAUCUUUUUCUUCUUCAAGAGGUGGAUAUACUGUACUAAUCAACACAUGGAAGCGUAAUUCUCUUCUAAAGCAGUCUGUUGCUCAUUAUGCUUCAUGUCAUGGUACUAAAGGAAUACAUGUGGUGUGGAGUGAGAAUGAUCCUCCUUCAAAUAGUUUAAAAAAUUAUCUUUAUAAUAUUGUGAUGGCCAAGUCCCAGACUGCUCGUAAGCCCGAUUUCAAGUUUGAUAUAAAUGAGGAGGAUAAUCUAAACAACAGAUUCAAACCUAUUCAAAGCCUAAGGACUGAUGCAAUAUUUUCUGUUGACGAUGAUGUCAUUGUACCUUGUGAUGAACUGGAAUUCGCUUUCUCUAUUUGGCAAACUGCUCCAUCAACAAUGGUUGGAUUUGUUCCUCGUAUGCAUUGGAUAGGUGAAAAGAAAGAAACCCAUGUAUCUUAUAAAUAUGGAGGAUGGUGGUCUGUUUGGUGGAUGGGCACUUACAGUAUGGUUCUCUCAAAAGCAGCAUUCUUCCACCAAAAGUACCUUGAUAUGUAUACCAAUCAGAUGCCAGCAUCUAUUCGCAACUAUGUAACAAGAGAGAGGAACUGUGAAGAUAUUGCAAUGUCUUUGCUUGUGGCCAACAUCACAGGGGCUCCUCCCAUUUGGGUCAAGGGAAAGAUAUAUGAGAUCGGAUCGUUUGGCAUAAGUAGUUUGAAAGAUCACAGUAACAAGAGACACAAAUGUUUGAACGAUUUUGUUUCCCUCUAUGGUUACCUUCCUCUUGUUCCAACUAAUGUAAAAGCAGUGGAUUCGAGGAACGAAUGGUUUUGGUAGGUGAUUUUUUCUACCCUACUUCCAUUUAUUUAAUAUCUGUGAUCAUGCUUACAGGUUUUGUUAUUUCUUCAUCAUAGUAUUGCACUUUCAUUGUGUGAUCUCAGUUAGGUUAGGUUCUAAUCAUGUUGUAUUAAUACUGCUUGUGUAUAUUUAUAAUCAUCAUAAGUCUUUAGUUGUGGAUGACAUUUGCUCCAUAUGUGGAUAGGAUAUGAUAUACCUCUUUUUGUAAAUUUGAUUUACAUUUCUCCUAUAACCCUGUUUAGUUUUAUGA